AUGGGCUCUGCGGGCGAAGCUACGUGGAAACAGCUAGACAUAGGGGUGAUCGGAGGCGGCCUUGGGGGUUUUGCCGCAGCUUUGUCACUUCGUCGAGCUGGCCACAAGGUCGUGGUCUACGAGCGGGCGCACUUUGCUGGUGAGGUUGGGGCUUCCAUCAGCUGCGCAGCGAAUGGAACGCGAUGGCUCGAGGAGUGGAACGUCGAUGUCUCCAUCGGUAAACCUGUCAUUUUGCGGAAUCUGAUCUCUCGCGACUGGGACACCGGCGCCGAGCAGAACGUCUACGAUUUGGGUGAUUACAAGGAGAAAUGGGGCUACGUUUAUUAUAUGUUCCACCGACAAGAUAUGCACAAGAUGCUCAUGGAGGCGGCUCUGGGAGAAGGCGAAGGCAUCAGGCCAGAGUUAAAGCUGGACCACAAGUUGACGGACAUCGACUUUGAAACCGGACGUAUCAAAUUCGAGAAUGGCACAGAGGUCCAGCACGAUGCUGUUGUCGCGGCCGAUGGAGUCGGGUCCACCGUUCGUGCAAGAAUGGGUAUCGUUCCAGACAAAAAGCCUUGCACAUCUACUUGUCUCCACGCCAAUGUGGACAGAGCACAGGCGCAGGCACUCGGCUUGCCGGACUAUGCGAGUAAUGAUGCGAUCGAGUAUUGGGGCGGCUAUGGGGACGACAAGAUCGUCUUCUCGCCAUGUCAUGAAGGCAAAAUUCUAUCCUUCUAUUGCUUCUUCCCACGUGAGAAAGGAAAGGUGGGAGACGAAGGGUGGAACUAUAUGGCGUCGUUGGAGGAGCUGCUCGAGCCCUACCCCGAGCUUGACCCCAAUGUCAUCGCUCAUUUGAAGAUAUCCACCGACAUCCGGCCUUGGAGGCUUUGGAUCCAUCAGGAAUAUUCCUUCUGGGCCAAAGGGGUGUCUUCGCUAAUGGGUGACGCCGCCCAUCCCAUGAUGCCCGACCAAAGCCAGGGAGCAUGCCAGGCCAUCGAGGAUGCAGCAGCCCUUGGCCUCGUUUUCUCCAAGGAGCACUUCCGCGGCGACGUGCCCGAAGCCUUCAAAAUUUUCGAAGAGGUCCGCAAACGUCGAGCGACCAAAGUGCAGUCGGCGAGCGCAAGAGCACGGCUGAAUAUCACUGAACGAAUCGGCUUUUCGAGCAACACAAGCAACCAGAAGUAUAGCGUUGCCAAUGAGCAUGAGAAACUCACAAUUGAUGAGAUGAACACGUACGACAUGAAGAGCCAUGUAGCAGAUGUGUAUAGAGCCCACUAUCGAUGA